AUGCCUCUCACACCUGGUGGUAACUCGGCAUGGGGUAACAGGGAAUUACUUUACUUGAUUGAAGCAUGGGAUGAGGUCAUAGACGACCCAAAGGAUCGUCUCAUGCUUUCUACGGGAGAACGCGCUACAUUACACGCACGAUUUUGUGUCAUCGCUAGUUCCAAUCGACGAAGUUUAUCAUCAGUCACUCGUCAACAUCAUCGAGUGUGUACAGCGUAUCGGUUGAUUGUAGCUACAAACAAGAAAAGUCUUAAAAGAGGUACUCCUAGCUGGUUUGAAUUGUCGACGGCUGAGCAACACGAGCUUCGUCGAGCUUAUACGAAAAAGGAAAAGGGGUUGUUGAUUCUAAGUCCAGAACUCUUUCGAAAGAUUGAUCGUAUGUGUGGUAAUAAUGGUGGUGGAAAAUAUCACAAGGGGAAAGAGUUAAGCAAAAAAGUUGUGAAAAGGAGUCCACAUGCCAAGAAUCCUGAACCUGAAGACGAGGCGGAAUUUGUGGAUACUCCUAAAGCUGCAUGGACACCACAAGAUUGGGCAAUGUUUGUGGAUGCAUGGCAAGAAGCUGUUGAUGAAUUUAUUGACUAUGGAAACGAACCUGAUGAAAAGGUCAAGUUGCCAAAUUGGUUAAUUCGACAAAAGUUUGUUGCACUCGGUGGAUCGCAGGAUACAACAGUGGGGUCCAUUACGGCCAAGAAACGAUGUAUCAUUCAUUCGUACAAUUUUAUUUGUCAAUGUGUGAAUGGAUUGGAAGCACUAGAUGGCAGUGACUGGUUUGAUUAUACGUUUACCGAACGUUUUCGUUUGCAACGAAAACUUGUUAAUCCCAAGUCGAGCCAACGUGUCGGCUGUGAAAUUGAUCGAGAAACGUACCAGACGAUUGGCAGUGUUUUAGAAAAAGAAGAAAUUCUUGAAACUAUCACAGUUACCGGUCGUAAGCGAAAGCGAGGUCGUAGGAAGAUACGCAAGUCAUCGAUGUCGUCCGAUCCAUCAUCAGACCAGUCAGUAAUACAAUCACCCACUUCAUCGUUGUCAGAAGAUGCGGAUGACAUGUCGGAAGCAGAAGAUCCACCGACUAAACAUCCGUCGCCAAUAGUAAAUGACGACGAAAGGUCUCAAGUUGAUGAACAGGUUGUUGAGGCGUUGCUAGAGGCUCAGAACGCUCGAUUUGAGCAACUUUUACGUGAUUUACGAGAAGAAAGAAUGGAGGAGCGCAAGCAGAACCAAGCGAUGUUGUUAGCGAUAUUACACGAGCGCAAACCAACGGAUGAUUUGACUGAGAAUGCUACGUACAUGGAGGCACUGGUUGGAAAACAACAGGAACAACUUGUGAGUUUGUUUGCACAGAUGCACAAGGAACGACAGCAAGAAAGAGAGGAUUUUCAUGCAUUGCUUCGUCAAUUGUGCUCCCGAUCGUAA